CAGUUCGACCCAAAAAUGUAUAGAAGUAGAGGCACAACACUCACUUCCAAAUCAUUGACAACUCUAUCAAAGGUAUGCAGACAACCUCAUCAUUUAAAGUUCCUUACUCUCUUAAGAAAUAUCAGCACUGCUACUCAAUUAUCUGAGGUUGAUAACUAUAGCGAGUUGAAGGGGGGAAAUAACACCGAUUCUCAGCAAAACCCAAAUGGGGGUUUCAAUUAUAACUCAAACAAUACAGGUUCUUUGAAUAAACCAAACUGUCAGGGUCAAGAAUGGGCAUAUAGUGGAAAUUCUAGGAGAAUAGAGCAGAUCCCUAGUGGGGUUUAUCCCCCAAAACCUAGAACUGAAUUUCAAGAACCAACUAAUAAAGGGUUUAAGCAGAACGCACAUGCGAAAAAUGACAACUUUUCAUCUGGGCGUGUCGAUGGUUCAUCUAGAAACGAGUUUCAGCAAACUGUUUGGCGAAAUGGGAGUAAUGAUUUCGGGGCUCGAAAGGAUUAUCAGAGUAAUUUAGUCCAUAAUAGAAAUGAUAGUGGUUAUCAGGGUGAAAAUUCAUCAAAUUUGCUGCAUAGUUCCAGGUUUGAGGGAGGUGUAGGAGCUCAGCCGAGUCAAAACGGAGUUUAUGGACACUAUCAACAGAAUCUAAAUGGUUAUUAUGGUGGAAACGGUGAAAUGCCUCAGCAGCGUUUCAGUGGUAAUUACACGAGAAACAUAGGAGCGCCUCAGCAGAAUCUUCCCGAUUAUAACCCUGGAGAUGUAAGAAAUGGUCAAUCUGGAAAUUCUGAAACGUAUCCACAAAGUGCAAGUGGGUAUAAUAUGGAAAGGCAUACGAAUUCAAGUGGCUACUCAAGGGAGAUGAUCGGCCAAUAUCAGCAAAAUUUAAGCGGCUUUAACCCUUCUAGUGCUGGACAUGAAGCUUCUUAUCAAUCACAGAAUGGAAUAGUAGGCCAUCAAGAAAUGAGAAGUUCAGCACCUGUUGAACAGUCAAUCGAUUCUGCUGAUAGCAGCUAUAAAAAAGGCUCAAUUGAUGAGCUCGAUGACUUCUGUAAAGAAGGCAAAGUGAAGGAGGCAGUUGAAGUUUUGCAUUUGUUGGAGCAGCAACAUGUCACAGUCGAUUUUUCUCGAUAUAUUAUGUUAAUGAAUGUGUGUGGCGAGGAUAAAUCCCUUGAGGAUGCUAAAUCAGUUCAUGAGCACCUUGUGAGAUCUCAUCCUAACCUUGACAUCAAAAUGCACAAUAAGAUUCUUGAAAUGUAUGGAAAAUGUGGCUCCAUGAAUGAUGCCUUUUUGUUGUUUCGAAAAAUGCCUCAGCGUAAUCUGACUUCUUGGGACACAAUGAUUACCUGGCUUAGUAAAAAUGGUCUUGGAGAAGAUGCCAUAGAAUUGUUUGGGGAAUUCAAGAAAACUGGGAUGAAACCUGAUGGCCAAAUGUUUCUAGGUGUCUUCCAUGCUUGUAGUGUUGUUGGUGAUAUAGUUGAGGGCAUGUUGCACUUUGAGUCAAUGAGUAAGGAUUAUGGCAUUGUUCUCUCCAUGGAGCAAUAUGUGGGAGUGGUAGAUAUGUUGGCAAGUACAGGAUAUCUCGAUGAAGCUAUGGAGUUCAUUGAGAGGAUGCCUAUAGAGCCAAGUGUUGAAGUAUGGGAAACCAUGAUGAAUCUCUGUAGAAUUCAAGGGAACUUGGAGCUUGGGGAUCGUUGUGCUGAGAUUGUUGAGUGCCUAGACCCAUCUCGUUUGGAUGAACAGUCAAAGGAAGGUUUUUUGGCUGUAAAAGCGUCAGACAUAGUUAAGGAGAAAGAGAAGAAGAAAUCUGCUCAAAGUCUUCUUGAGGCUAGAAGCAAAGUUCAUGAAUAUCGGGCAGGAGAUAGAUCACAUCCUGAUCAUGAGAAGAUAUAUGCAUUGCUUAGGGGUUUAAAGCAGCUAAUGAAGGAGGAUGGUUAUAUACCAGAGACUAAGUUUGUGUUACAUGAUGUAGACCAAGAAACGAAAGAGGACGCUUUAAUGGCUCACAGCGAGAGAUUGGCUUUUGCUCAAGGUCUUAUGAAUAGCUCUGCACGAUCACCAAUCCGGAUUAUAAAGAAUCUACGUGUCUGUGGUGAUUGCCAUAAUGCAUUGAAGAUUGCUUCAAAGCUUGUUGGUCGGGAAAUUAUCAUGCGAGAUGCUAAGAGAUUUCAUCAUUUAAAAGACGGAUUGUGCUCGUGUCGGGAUUAUUGGUGAAGAUCCUAGCUUUCAGGUAAUACUUAGUUCUGACCAUCUUUUUCUUGCUUUAGCACAGCCAGAGUGUCUGGCAAAGCUAUCAUUCAUAGCAGAUGGGAUUUCUUUUCCUUACUCUAUCAGCUCUGAACGACACGGUGUUCAAAGAUUGGCAAAUACCAUAUUUAAUGCCACAUAGCCUCUUGAUUUGGUUAGUGCUGGUAAAGUGUCAAUAUUCAUAAGUUGUCCAUAACGGAUACAAAGGUGAGCGCAGUUGCAGAUACUUGAGUUAUUGUACUAAAGAUUGUAAAGGACGAGCCAUUGACUCAUCGAGUACUAUAAAGAGCUUCUGUAUCCUGUUCACCCGGGACACAACCAAACAGAGAUCAACCACCUUCUCAAAGUGGAUUAGCUAGACUAGUCGGGGGCAGCUGGCGAUGAAGUGGAAUUGUUUUCCAAGUCUCAAGCUAAUUGCUUCACAUUCUGAAGUAUAGAGAGUAGUAGGAUAAGAUUAUCUUCAUUUGAUACUUUGAUUUUUUCCUAAAGCAGUAAUGUUAGUAACAUGGGAUGUUGUUUCCUUGUACUUUGGUUGAACCCUUUUUAACUGGUAUGAUGACAUUUUUUACUCUUUUAUCACGUUUGAACAGAGUUGGAGACUUGGAGUUGGUUCAAGUGUCCAAUUUUUCAAUUUCAGCAGUUGGAAAUCAAAA